AUGAGACUCAAACUCAAGGGGCUGGCUUGGGCUUUACUGCCAUGGAUGGCAGCAUCGAGCCCGUUUCCGGCUGAGGAGCGACUGGCGGUGCCAGAUGGCUCUACUCAUGCCAGCCACAUAUUCAAUGCGCUGCAUAACUCCAUGAAGAUGUUUGGCAGCGUUUUACAACACAACGGGAUGUCGAUUUUCAUAGCCACGGUGCCCGAGGGAACGGAAUUCUACCAUGGUACAUCGAGUCCGUACCGCAUCAACGGCACCGAGUGGCUGGCCUUUGAACCGGAACAUGCCAUGGCCUUUGCCCAUCCUCGCCGAGUUCGUCGCUCGAAAUCCGCUGCCGAUCAGCCACAUGACGAAAAACCACAUGCGGAGUCUCACAGCCACGGAAAGCAUAACAAGAGAGUAGACACGGGCGAGGAGGAGCAGACCGGAUAUUUCCACACCUACCGGACCAAACAUCCACUGCGUCUCGUAUACUUUGAUGGCCAGUCAGCCGCAAAAUCCCUUAAAGGCACCCUCGAUAUGCAAGAUAUUCUCCUUCGAAACGCUUCUCAUUUCGAUGGAAGCCCAGCGGAAGGCGACAACCUGCGUGCCGAUGACCUCUGUGCCCUCGCUCGCGACAGAUGGGACAACCGCGUGGACGGAUUCCUUCGAAUGGUCGGUGGAUUCGAGAUUAUUCUCUGCUCUUUUGCCAAAGACCUUGACGUAGUAAGCAUCUUGAGCACUUACCCAGGGCGCAGCGGAGAUGGAGGAUCCGGGCUCAGCUAUGCACGGGCACUUGCUACCCGGUUCGACGGUAUCGGAGGCGACAGAGUAUCCAUCAACUACGACGACUUUGUCACCAUGUUCGCAUAUCCUGACGCAAUGUACUUCGACAAUCACGGCCUUCCCCGGGUGGUCAACGACUCAGCCAAGUUAGAGCAGGUCCGCGCACAUGUUGACCGACUAGUGAAGCAGCUCGACCAGACAAAUUAUGCCUUUAACUGGCAGAACAUUGUCGACAUGAUCAUCACUAGAUAUCAUUAUCGUAUUAGUCUAAUGCUGUCAUCCGCUGUUUCAACACAUCACGAACUCCGACGUGAGCUCCACCUCGCCAUUGAGCCGUUUAUCAAUGCGCAUGCGCGCAACUCGACCACAGAGGUUGAACGCUGUGCCAAGCAGUUCUGGAUUGCCGGGGCCGACAUGACCACUGUCCCAGCUCAGGCAAUAUCUCUGGUCUCAGAAAGACUAUGUUCGAGUCUAGUCGCGGGUGCGGGCGCAGAGGCCUAUGACGAGGGCCUUGCAAUUAUCGAAGAUUUGAAGCGCUAUCUGGACUGGGCGGUAUUCAGGAAGUGCACUUGUUGCGAGCUGAAUGAAGUCUGCCAGCUUCCCAUCUGGCCUUCGGGCUCUUGGGAAGACUUUGUUCGGCCGCAGUGUGGUACUGGCAUGUCUCAUGGCGCAGGCGGAUAUUGGGAUAUGAUGGGCAAGGUUCGGCAGCUUUGA